AUGCGUAAAUCAUGCGUGCGCCCUGGGGCUUUGCUCGGCGCCCAACCGGUUCCUCCUCUGCUCCCGGCGGGCUGGAUCCUGCGGGCGCUUGGGCUCCGCAGGUGCGGAGGGGGCGCGGACCGGCAAGCGGGCGGGUUGGGGGCGCGGCCAGCGGGCAGGAGGCGGCGCCGGAGGCGGUAUAAAGAGGCGGCGGCUCCUGCCUCGCUCUGCCUUCGCUCGCCCGGCUUCUCCAUCGCCCUUCCGUGCGCCUCCAUCACCGCCGCCGCAUCUGGGCGCUCGCUGCCGACAGCCGCCUCUGCUUCCCUCGCGGGUGUUUUGUUCUCCCCCUCGGUAUAAGGUGAGCGGGUGGCUGGGUGGGGGGUUAUUUGGGUGGGGUGGUCCUUUUCCCUUCUACCCGCUCCAACCUUGGGUGGGGUUUCCUUUCCGGGGUCCCCUUGAUACCCGGGGAUGUGUUUUCUUCUCAUUCAUUCAUCUUCCUAUGCGCACCCCAAAUCCUUUCUCAUCACCCCCUUCCUGCCGCCGCCUUUAUUCUGCCUGCCUACCAGCAAGCAUCUCUGUGCGCCUUUGUUAGGGGGCUGGCCUGCCCUUCCCCAAAGCUUUACGCGUAUAUAUUGAUAAUUAUUUGUGUGUUUGUUGUAAAUCGCUUUGACAUUAUCUGCGCAAUUGAGAUGCACAAGUAUUUUAGAUGUAUACUUGUACAUCUGUUUUUUAAAAAAACACCAUAAUUUUUAUCGAGUUUUCCAUUUUUCAUUACACAAAUCCAUAACAUAAAACAUUGCUCAAGCAAAGCAUCGACCGCCUUCCCUUCCUUUUUCUGACUUCCCAGCAACUUUUACAAAUUAUUCGCAUUUCUAUAGCCACUUUUUUACCUUAUAUCUUCUUUUGAUACUUGCACAUCGCAGUUGCACAGAAAAUAUCAAAGCAAUUUGCAGCACGCACACAAACAAUAAUCACAUACAUAAUAAUGAUAAUUAAUAAUUAGUAUUUAUGCCACCCAUCUGACGGGUUGCCCCAGCCUCUCUGGGCUGCUCCCAACAAAGUAAUAAAAACAUUGAAACAUCAACCAUUAGAGAUUUCCUUGAGCAGGGCUGCCUACAUAAAAACCACAUAGAACUGUAAAAGUUUUAUAUGCAACUUUUUUCGCUCCACGGAGCUCAAGGUGGUGUUCUUGACUCUCCCCUCCCUCCUCAUUUAAUCCCCACAACAACCAGGUGAGGGAAGCUGGGCUGAGAGAAGAAAAGGACUGGCCCAAGGUCACCCUUUGUGGCCAAAGUGGGGGAUUCGAACCUGGGUCUCCCAGGUCCUAGUCCAGGAGUCAGCAACCUUUUUCAGCUGUGGGCCGGUCCACCGUCCUUUAGACUAUGCCGUGGGCUGGACUAUAUUUUGGAAAAAAAAUAAAUGGACCAAUUCCUAUACCCCACAAAUAACCCAGAGAUGCAUUUUAAAUGAAAGGACACAUUCUUCUCAUGUAAAAACACCAGGCAGGCCCCACAAAUAACCCAGCAGUGGCGUAGCGUGGGGGGGUGCAGGGGGGCCGGCCGCACCGGGCACAACAUCUGGGGGGGGCGCGGAAGAGACUCGAGUGCUAAAAUCCACGGGUUAGGGGGCGCAAAUUACUUGCCUUGCCCCGGGUGCUGACAAUCCACGCUACGCCACUGUAACCCAGAGAUGCAUUUUAAAUAAAAGGACACAUUCUUCUCAUGUAAAAACACCAGGCAGGCCCCACAAAUAACCCAGAGAUUCAUUUUAAAUAAAUAAUAAAUAAUAAUAAUAAUAAUAAAUUAUUUAUAUCCCGCCCUCCCCAACCGAAGCCGGGCUCAGGGCGGCUAACAACAAUAAAAUAAUACAACAUUUUAAAAUCAUAAAAGGACACAUUCUACUCAUGUAAAAACAUGCUGAUUCCCGGACCGUCCGCGGGCCGGAUUUAGAAGGCAAUUGGGCUAGAUCCAGCCCCCGGGCCUUAGUUUGCCUACCCCUGUCCUAGUCUGAUACUCUAACCCAGAGGUUUUCAACCUUUUUGAGUCCACGGCUCCCUUGACCAACUGCGUUCUUUCUCCGGCACCCCUGUGGGGCUCAGGAGCCCAGUUAGGUCACCCCUUGCCUGCAGAGCUGGCAGCCCCUCACCCCUUUUCGAACACCCUCCCUUGGGGAGGGAUCCCUCAGCCUCCUCUCCCCUCUCCUUGGGAGUCCUCUGGGUAUCUGCUCCUGCUGCCCCUGGUCUCUGAGCUGCCCCCGUCCUCACCCCAAAGAGAGGUGCCCCCUCACCCUGCCCCACAGGGCACUGGGACUUGUCUGUCCAUUCCCAAAAGCAGGGCCUGGCAGACUGGCUGGGCUUCCUUCGCCCACUUCCUUGCUUACUCCAAGGCUGCCUCAGCUCCUGGCAACCAGCACCCACUGGCCAGCGCCAGAGCCACCAUUCGCCUAGGGAGCUUGUAGCCAGGGCUGCUGCAACAAACAGCUGUGCAAGCUUUUGGGAGGCAGAGAUGCGAGAGGGCAUCAGAGGAGGGAGAGAAGGAAGGAAAGAGGCACAGAGGACAGUGUUGCCCAUGGCAUCCCGACCAGUUGAAAACCACUGCUCUGACCAGUACACUGCACUGCUUAUAGCUAUCACCAUUUUUUCUUCUUCUUCUGCAUAUAAGGCUGCUGGGGGCAGGCUUUCUCCCUGAGCAAGCAGAAAAUUUGGUGUUCCAAACUUUUGGUAGGCACCCAUAUAAAUAUACGUGGUAUUAUUAUUAUUAUUAGUCAACUUGGAGCCCUGUGUGGCCAGCACUGCUGGGGCAUAAGUUCAGUUCUCUAGGACAGGGAUGGCAAACCAGGGGUUCUUCAGAUGUUGCGAGACCCUCUGCCCCCCCGGUCCACUCUGGCCCUCAUCUCGGAUCACUGACCAUUCUGCUGGUUGGGGUCAAUAAAGCUGCAAUCCAAAACAUUUGGCAGCUACCAAAUUGAGCUGUAGAUUCUGCUCUAGAUAGGGUUAUUGUUUUGCAGGGAGUGUGUGUGUGUUAUUCAAUUCCCAUUUAAAGGCAACUUUACCUAAUUGUCGUUUUCCGAAACAAUCCCUGAACCAAAUCGCACUCAUCCUUUGGCGCUUGCAUCUCUCCAAAUUUAGGCACUUGCCCCUUUCCCCUUUUCCAAAUCUGUUACUCUUUUUUUUCUUUAAGCAAUUGAUUCUAACUUUUGUUCCUUGCAAAUUACCAGAUCCAUCUGCAACCCUGGGGGAGAGGAGGGUGACCCAAAAGUUCUCUCCUUGGCUAAAAAAAAAAGCUACAGUUCUACCUAACUCAGAAAGCUUGCCAGUUAAUUUUAUUUUCCAUGUUGCCAAUGGAAAGAGGCUUAGCAAAGCUUGCUGGGGCCUGUUUUAUGCCUCUUUUCAUUGGGACUCAUUGCAGAUUACGGCCUUGUUUGGUGAAGAUCUGUAAGAUCUUGUUGCCUUCCUCCCUGGUGUGUUAAAGCGUGGCUAGCACAGGUGUGUGCCGGUCUUGCAAAAAGAGGAUUCCCUUCCGCAAGGGCGAUUGCAAUGCUUCUUGCUGUUACAUGUCCUCUCGUUGCAAAGUUCACCUAAACGGUUUUUAUCUGGGUGCUGCUUUGCAUCGGUGGACUUGAAGAUGACUCUUGUUUUUUCCCGGUGCUUCUGCAAUUAUUGGGUGCCAGUCUAAACCGGUUCUGUCUUUGAGGAUUGCUGGACUCCGGUGAGCUGUGAAUUAGAAGCUGUUGCCGUCUAAUGCAAAUCUGAGGUGUGGCAAGGCCAGAUAAGGGUUUAGCGUUGGCAGGCUGGCAUCUUAGAAAUCGGCUGCUCUCUGGCAUCCUUCUAUAAUCCUGACAACCUCAACCUGCGCUGUUGCCCAAGGUUCUCAGACAGCUUCUCCUCUGUUCUUUUUUUGCAGGAUAAAUAGUAUGAUUAUUAGGUGUCGUCUUUCAAACCGUCUUUCUAUGGAAAGUAAAGGGACUCAGACUGUGGUGGUCUUGAGCAACUUCGACGAACGGGACACCUUUAGAGAAUCCUGA